AUGAUUCCAACCGAAAAUAUGGUUUACAGUGUCAUAGCUGCUGUUUCAAAGAAUGGAGGUAUUGGCUACAAGGGUGAUCUACCAUGGAAAAUUAAAAAGGAAAUGGAAUAUUUCAAUUUGAUGACCACUCAGGUGAAUCGAAAAGGCGUUCAAAAUGCGGUUAUUAUGGGUCGCUGUACUUGGCAAUCGAUUCCAGAUAAAUAUAGGCCACUAAAAGGACGAAUAAAUGUAGUCAUCUCUAAAACAUUAAACAGUGUGCCAGAAGGUGUUUUAUUGUAUCCAAAACUUGAAGACGCCUUAAAAUCAUUAUAUUUAAAUGAUAAUAUUGAAAAACUUUGGGUAAUUGGUGGUUCAGGUUUAUACAAUGAAGCUGUAAAUGAUAAAAAAUGCAAAAAACUAUUUAUUACAAAAAUUGAUCAAGAAUACUUGUGUGAUACUUUCUUUCCUGAUUUUGAUACUAAAGAAUUUGAAGAAACAAGCGAAGCUAAUGUACCUAAAGGAAUUCAAGAAGAUAAUGGUAUUAAAUAUGAAUUUAAAGUUUUCAAGAGGUUAUGA